UCCUUGACAGCGGCACGUGCCUGUCCGACGCACUUUACGGCAGUCACGCAAAGCCACUGCGGGGGCGUGGCUAUACCUCCCGCGCCCACAGGCACGCACGACAGCCGCACGUGCUGUGUGGAGCACUUUCUGGCAGCCACGCGAAGGCGCGAGGUCAUAGGCCCACGCUGCGCGGGGUAAGCUCUGCGUCCUACGUCAUUAUGGGCUGGCUGUUUAUUUCGUUGGUGCUCUCACGGCUCGGCCAUCAUGGCGAUGGUGGUGGCACUGUGGCGGAGGGCGAGGGACUACCUGAAGACCAAGGAGUUCCGGGAAUACGUGACCAGCACGCACUUCUGGGGUCCCGUGGUCAACUGCGGCUUACCGGCGGCUGCCUUUAAGGACAUGAACGAACCGCCUGACAUCAUCAGUGGCCGUAUGACAACAGCGUUCCUCUUCUACUCGAUGGCCUUCAUGCGUUUCGCCUAUCGUGUACAGCCUCGAAACUUGCUGCUGUUGGCGUGCCACAGCACCAACGUGGUGGCGCAGAGUGUGCAGCUGACCCGCUACCUGGAUCACCACUACGGCGGGGGCGCCGCGCCGGCGACAGCUACCACCGCCGCCACCACCACUGCUGCCACCACCGGUCCCACCAGCGAUCCUGUGGCUGUUUGCGACUUUAAGGAUGACGACUCCUGCUAAGCAGCCGCCUGCCCCAACCCGUGGUCCCCGAAACGUGGCUGAGAGGGCCCGAUCGCAUCUUUGCAGCUUACAAGCACUGAACUGUUCUCCCUGAAGAAGAGACCAGGGAAGUUUGGUUUUGACUCUAAUAAAACAGUGCGGAGUCUGAUUGAAA